CGCUUGCUCAGUCUCGCUCGCACUCUCGCUCGUUCUAAUCCGGCCUGGGCGCGAGCGGGCAAGGGGCUUUACGGCAGGGCCCUGGCUGAUUGGAGGGGAAACCAACCCCGAGACCUGACUGUCGGUCAGGACUUCCUUUACGCGAGCUCCGAACGGAUAAUGCGGUGAGCGGCCGCCGCGCCACCGACUGGAUUUGCGCGCCCGAGUGGGCAAGGCGAACACCCGGGAGAGGCGUCGGUCCGGGACACCCGGCCCGGAGGCGGCCGGCGGUUGACGGUUUCUCCUUGCUGUGGAGAGGACUGGAUGAUGUAACGGGCUUCCUGGGAAGCCUCGUGCAGUGGAAGCUCAGUAGGUCUCCAAGACCACCAUCUUUACUUGAGAACAGCUUCUGAAGCCACUGGAGUAAAAUGUGACAGGUGCAUCCAGAAGGCUUGCUUUCUGAAUCACAGAACAUCCCCGUGGAGAACGCCCCCUGCCCAACUUCCCGCUUGCAAGGUCAGCAUCCCCACAUCCCACCAUGCCAGCCAAGACCCCGAUUUACCUAAAAGCUGCCAACAACAAGAAAGGAAAGAAAUUCAAGCUGAGGGACAUCUUGUCUCCCGACAUGAUCAGCCCCCCACUUGGGGACUUCCGCCACACCAUUCAUAUUGGCAAAGAGGGCCAGCACGACGUCUUUGGAGAUAUCUCCUUUCUCCAGGGCAACUAUGAGCUCCUGCCAGGAAACCAGGAGAAAGCGCGACUGGGCCAGCUCCCAGGCCAUAACGACUUCUUUCGUGCCAACAGCACCUCGGACUCCAUGUUUGUAGAAACGCCCUCACCAGUGCUCAAAAAUGCCAUCUCACUCCCAACCAUUGGAGGGUCCCAAGCCCUUAUGCUACCCUUGUUAUCGCCCGUGACUUUUAACACCAAACAGGAAUCAUUUGGACCGGCUAAGCUGCCCAGGCUCAGCUGUGCACCUGUCGUGGAGGAAAAGGCACCAGAGGACAGCAGUGUGUUGAUGAAUGGGGCGCUUGGCCAAGGAGACGCGUCAUGGGCCUCCAGCGGCUCGGCCUCGCAGUCCAGCCAGGGCAGGGACAGUCACUCUUCCAGCCUGUCCGAACAGUACCCGGAGUGGUCUGCCGAGGACAUGUUCGAGCAGCCCGCCCCAGCCGAGCUCAGCAAGGGGAAGACUAAAUCAGAGGAGUCCCUCUCUGACCUUACAGGGUCUCUCCUCUCGCUGCAGCUCGAUCUUGGGCCCUCACUCUUGGAUGAAGUGUUGAACGUCAUGGAGAAAAAUAAGUAACAGGAGACCAGUUCUUUUCCUUUGGGGGUAAAAGGUACCCCCAGAAAAAAAAAAAGCAAAAGAAACCACAACAAAACUAAAGCAGCACCAGCUGAAGCUUCCACAGUUGUAGCUGCAGGAUGGGCUUUCUAAAAAUAAUGUUUCCGCAAAGUGUUUUUUACCUGUUAUUCUCUUCCUGUUUGCAAAAGCAAAUGGGGGGGUCGGGGAGUCAGGAGGACAACAAAACAAGCAAACGUGACCUGGCAGAAAGAGGAAGUGAGUCAGGGGCCUCUUUCAGCUGCGUGCUGGCAUUCAGCUUACAUUUGCUUGUUGACGGACACAAGAAGUCUGGCUUGGCCAAGACUGAUACUAACUACGAAAGGUGCCAAGGCUCCAAGUUUUCUAAGCAAGAGGAACUGAGAAUUUAUUUAAAACCUAAACCUUUUUUUCCCUAGACUCUUUUCUAUAUUACAUUUUUUGGGACUCACCCUCGCAAAUUAUGCAGUGUUAAAAAAAAACUUUGUUUUCACAUGUAAACAAACUUUAUAGGUUUUUUUGGGGGGGGAUUCUCUUGUAGUUCUUAUAUAUCCCUAUAUAUUAUUAUAUCUAUAUCGCAAAAUGUUGACCAUCGGCUACAUGUUGGUAAGAUACAAGCAAAGUAUGACUGUAACUAAGUUAUUUUUAAAGGUAAAAUAUAUUUUUAUGUGCCUUUGGCUUUUUAUUGCAGAGUCUACAUUUUAUAGAUAAUACAUCCAGUGCUGUCAUCUGACCCAUUUCCAUUGGGUUUCUGUUGUAAGCAGUGCAUGUGUGUGUUUGGAAAAAGUAUACUACUCAUACUUAGCUUCAUUGUUUUUCUCCUCCAUUUGUUGCUGUACCCCUAACAGCAGCCAAGGAUAGAUGGUCAAGUGUAAAGGCAAGGUUCUCCUGAUGCUUCUGCAGACUGGGCUGCACCAUAUGAUGUUAUUUGGAACUAUGAAUAUUUUAGUACCGUACAUACUUGCAUUUCCUAGGUACUUCAUCCAACACAAUAAAGAAUAAAUGUUAAAAAUGAACUUGCUUGUUUGUAGCAAUGAACAAAAACAUGAGAUAAAAUGCUUCUGUGAGUGUAGCCAGAAACACUGCAACUCCAUACUGUUGGCAACCCUUUAGAAUAAGGUAGGAAAUGAUUUUAUCCAUUCUGUAAUUUUGAUCACUUAGAGAGUCCAGGAACAGGGCUACAGUAACUUAGGAGAAAUGAAUAUGUAUUAUCAAAAUUCCAUAUCAGCACCAGUCCCUGCUCUCCAUGUGUGAGCUGGGUCCCUUUGCCUGGAUUCCUGCUACAGCAGACUCAAACCUUCAUGUGCGUCUGCGUGACAAGUGCAUGUCCACACAGCACUGCUUGUCCAGACAAGACUGAGAAUAGAGGAAGGCAACUGGAAGCACCGCCACUGCCCCCAAGGAUGUUGGUUAGUAAAACAGGAAGAGGAAAUUCACAAACAGCUUGGUCUCCUUCACCCUUCCCCGCUCAGAGGAAAACACCCGGCACAGUGACUUGCAGCUCUUUCUCACAAACUUUCUCCUUGCAAUGGCCGCUUUUGCCAACGACUUCGGAAUUCUGUCCCUGAAGUUACCUAUGAAGCACAGGUGAAGUGCUCUUGGGAUAACUCACAAGAUGAGCAAACUAGUUCUUGAACAUUGAGUGCUUUUCUUCAUCUCCCAAUCAUCUUAAUGUUAAAAACCUGUGACUUUCUAGUGUCCUUAUACAAAACCCCCUCACUCACAGGUCAAAACUC